UUGGACGGCUCCUUGAGCGAUGGCUCAGCGUUUUCUGCUGUUCUCGAGGCUUGUGAUCUUAUCCGCGGUCCGUGGGCGAGCCUCUCUGGAAUGGGGCGCCUGAAUUUUUACAUAGAGAACUUGUGCGUGCCUGUUUUUUCAAGGUUACAUGGUCAUUUGCGAAUAUUGUUUUCAAAGUUAAACAUUUUAACCGGGAUGGAAGGAGGUCGAACCUGGCCCACGGCGUUUAAUCCUGUUACUGUCGCGGCAUUAGCAGGCGGCCUGGUCUACACAGAGUUCCCAGACCACACAGGACUUCAUAGCUGAGACCCUGAGUAAAAGAAAAUAACUUAUUUUGGCAAUUGCUUUGACCUACUUAGUGGGUGAUUGAGUCAUAAAUCUGAAGGUAGAAUUUGGAGCUGAUGGGUCUGAUUAUUUAGUAAAGGGGGUUACAUUUGAGGACUGUAGAAAUGUGCACUGAAGCUUCAAAUUUGUCGAGCAAGAGUGUGUAUUGCAUUUGAUCGGCAUAACUCCAGAUGAGCCUCAAAAUUCAGGUCAAUGAUGAGCCGGCAUGUAUUCUGAAUCUAAAGUUGAUUAUAAACCACUUUAGCUCUAGAAUUACUCUGAGACCUGAAAAAAAAAAGUACCGUGACCUGGUCAUGUAUGACUGGGAUGUCAAGUUUUCAGGGCGGUGAAAGGAAAUUAAGUGAUGAUGAGAUACCUGCUUUCUUUUCUCGGAAGGGCACACAGCAGAAGGACGUUACUAUCAAGUCAGAUGCUCCUGACACCCUGCUGCUGGAGAAGCAUGCCGAUUACAUCGCCUCCUAUGGCUCAAAGAAAGACGACUACGAAUACUGCAUGUCCGAAUACUUGAGAAUGAGUGGCGUCUACUGGGGCCUGACCGUGAUGGACCUCAUGGGACAGCUUCAUCGCAUGAACAGAGAAGAAAUACUGGUGUUUAUCAAAGCCUGCCAGCAUGAGUGUGGGGGAGUAAGUGCUAGCAUUGGGCACGACCCCCACCUUCUAUACACGCUCAGUGCUGUCCAGAUUCUUACUCUGUAUGAUAGCAUUCAUGUUAUCAACGUGGACAAAGUUGUGGCCUAUGUUCAGAGUCUACAGAAAGAAGAUGGUUCCUUUGCUGGAGACAUUUGGGGAGAAAUUGAUACAAGAUUCUCAUUUUGUGCAGUGGCAACUUUGGCUCUCUUGGGCAAGCUUGAUGCUAUUAAUGUGGAAAAGGCGAUUGAGUUUGUUUUGUCCUGUAUGAACUUUGAUGGUGGAUUUGGGUGCAGACCAGGCUCUGAAUCUCACGCUGGACAGAUCUAUUGUUGCACAGGAUUCCUGGCCAUAACUAGUCAGUUGCAUCAAGUGAACUCUGACUUACUUGGUUGGUGGCUUUGUGAACGCCAGUUGCCCUCAGGUGGACUCAAUGGAAGACCCGAAAAGUUACCAGAUGUCUGCUAUUCCUGGUGGGUGUUGGCCUCCCUAAAGAUAAUCGGGAGGCUUCAUUGGAUUGACCGAGACAAGCUUCGAAGUUUCAUCUUAGCAUGCCAAGAUGAAGAGACAGGAGGGUUUGCAGACAGGCCAGGAGAUAUGGUGGAUCCGUUUCACACCUUAUUUGGCAUUGCUGGAUUAUCACUUCUGGGAGAAGAGCAGAUUAAGCCUGUUAGCCCUGUCUUCUGCAUGCCUGAGGAAGUGCUUCAGAGGGUGAAUGUCCAGCCUGAACUAGUGAGCUAGUCAGAUGAGGAAGAUGCUUUAGUGUGCAAUAUGAAUUGCUGUAUUUGAAGUGUUUAUCAAACCUAGAAGUGACUUAAUAUUUUGUAUAUCAAUAUGUUAAUGAUAAAUUAUAUAAUUAUUGUAAAAUAAAUAUGUUGGUAUUUAGAUCUUUAGUCUUCUGAGUACAAUUUUUGUCAGUACUGAUUGCUUUUUAAUAUCUAACAGCAAACUUAAAAGAGCUAGUAUUUAACUGAUGCCUCCCUGUGUCCUAUUGACCUGUAACAAUGAUGGGAAAUGAUUUCUGUUAAUAAAAAUGAUAAAAGCAAGUAAAACUUAUUCAAAUAAAAGGUGCACGAAAUUGAGUA